AUGGUAGUGCAAAAUACUCCGGUUCCAUCCGUUCAUACAUCUAGUUCACUAGAACAAGGAAAAAGUACAAAGACAACGACAUAUAAGAACAAGCUUACCGUUUGUUUUGAUGAUAUCUUGAAAGUUGGAGCAGAAAUGAUGAUGCAACAGCAAUUGAAAAAUGUACAGUUAGAUUCUUACCUUGUUAAUGGUUUUAGUCAAUCUCAACAAAAAUUGUUAAAAGAAAAAGUCAAAUUAUUUCACGGAAUUCUGGAUGAUUUAGAGACUUCUUUGAAUCAGAGCUCUUCAUACGUAAAGACUCUCACAGCACUAGGAAGAGAGAAGGAAAAGGAAAGGGAAGAAGCUGAAAUGAGAAAGGCUGAGGAGGAAAAUCUGAGAAAACUUAAAGAGCAAGAAGAAUUGAAGAAACGUCAUGAACUAGAAGAAGCUUCCCAACAACAACAACAACAACAACAACAACAGCUGAAGCAGCAGCAAAAUCCAAAGGAGAGCGAUGGUCUCGGCCUUGAUUUUUCCGCAGCAGCACCUUCAAGCGCAGUAGGUACCAACCAUAGGAGGCAAAAUAACCAAGAACAUGGAUCUCUCCAACCCUCUAACCAAAUACAAAGUGAAAACACAAAUAAUGCUCCUACUAGUGGCACCAAUUUCUCCCCUGUAGCCGCUACUCAGAGUCAGGGUCAGCAAGGGCAGCCUUCGGAUGCAAUGUUUAAUGAUUUAAAUUCCAUGGACAUUUCGAUGUUUUCAGGACUCGAUAAUGCGGCUUUCGACUCAACAGCCUUCAAUGCACCAGCGAAUGGUACAAAGGGUCUUGAAGAUAGUAAUUUAUCUAAUACUAACAAUGAUAUUAACAUACCCUCCGCUAAUAAUAAUAUGAGCACAAAUACCAGUAGCAAUAGCAACAAGAAUAAUAACAUUAACAUUAACAGCAACAAUAGCAACAAUAGCAACAACAACGAUAACGACAACAACAACAACGACAACAAUAACAACAACAGCAAUGACAACAAUAACACCAGUAACAAUGGAAACAAUAUAGGCAGUAGUGACUUACAGACAGCAAACGUCCCCAAUACUGGAGAUAACCCCCCUCCAGCUGACAACGGUGAUGAAUAUUUGACAUUAAAUGAUUUCAACGACUUGAAUAUCGACUGGUCAACAACAGGGGAUAAUGGCGAGUUGGACCUUGGUGGCUUCAGUAUAUAG